AUGGGGUCCAAGGUCAAGACGGCGACGUUUGGCGGGGUGCACGCGGCGGGCAUCUUCUCUGACAUGACCGUCGACGGGCCCGUCAUCGGCACGCUGGUGGCCAUCGUCGACCGCGCGCGCAACCUGCCCAACAAGCGCACCAUGGGCAAGCAGGACCCCUACUGCGCCGCCCGCCUGGGCAAGGAGGCGAAGAAGACGGCGACGGACAAGCGCGGCGGCCAGACGCCCAAGUGGGACCAGGAGCUGCGCUUCACCGUGCACGAUUCGCCCGACUACCAGCGCCUCAAGCUGUCCGUGUUCAACGACGACAAGAAGACGGAGCUGAUUGGCGAGACGUGGGUCAGCCUCGAGGCCGUCAUCCGCCCGGGCGGCGGCCAGAGCGACGAUUGGCACGGCCUGAACUGCAAGGGCAAGUACGCCGGCGAGAUCCGCCUCGAGUUCACCUUCUACGACUCCCGCGCGAAGACAGAGAAGCCGCCGCCCGAGAGGAGGCGCGAGCCCCCGCGCACCGCAGACGACCAGAGCCCGGCCGUUGGGGGACCACGCGAGAGCAAGCCCAUCAAGCGCCGCCCACUGCCCACAGAUCCGACAGGCAGCCUGCCCCCCUCGCCGCUCAAUGCGCCUGAGUACCGCGGCCUGCAGGGCGUGAGGGCGGGGCCCCGUGAGCUGGGCUCGCCGCGACACCACACGCCCCCCAAGCAGCCCAGGAACCGCCAGUCCGAGACGCCCCUGCGCCGCCCGGUGCCUGUGCCUGACGCCUCGCCCAAGAACGGCACCCCUGUGUCCAGCCACACCCCGCCCCAGCGCCAGCCAGUGCCCCAGGACCCCUACAAUGCCCCGCCGAACCCGCGUUCGUCCAACACGAGCCUGCACAAGCUCGCCGUGGACAACUUCGACAUGUCGUAUGCCGCCCCCAAGCCGUACGAGGUGCAGCCCGUCGAUGCAAUCCCCCAGCACCUGCGAGACACAGGACACCGGCGUCAGUCGCAGGACGACUUCCGCUCGUCUCGAGGGCACUCGCAGCCCCACCCCCCCGAGCCCGUCCACACGCACUCUGCCCCCAUCGUCCCCACACAGCAGACGUAUGAGCGCGAAGCCCGCCGAGAGCAGUACGGCCAACACGCUCAUCGCCUUUCAAACGCACACUCGCCGCUGUACUCUGACGACUUAUACCAGGACCCAGCUUAUCAGGUUGCGCCCCUGCGUUCGAGCCGGAGCCAUGACCUGCGCGUCCAAGAGCAGAACCCCCCGCCUGAGCUGUACCAGUCGAACAGCUACAUGGACGUGCCGUCUCACUACGACGAGCGUUCGUCGCGUCGGAGGCAGAGUGCAAUGCAGCCGACGGUCGAAGACGAGGACUACGAUCUUCCACCCCCGCCGCCAAUGCACAGGAGCAAAGCCAACCAAAAGCCGCAACCUCGCAAGCGAGACUCACUCCCUCCUCGCAAUCCAGACCGUUACCGGGAAGAGCCACCCCAGCCCACGUACGAGCCGCCUCAGCCAGCCUACGAGCCUCCACAACCUGCCUACGAGCCGCCCCAACCACCGCAGCCAUACUCGUCAAACGACCACGGUCAUCACCAACCUACAGAGCGACGGUACACCUACCCCCGUCCUGCCAUACAAGCCUCGAGCCAGCCAGAAUCGCGGGACGUCAUGGCUCCUUCUCCUGUGAGGCAAGACAUGCCAGACAUUCCCGCCAGUCUGGUUGCUGGGUACGAUGCAUCGCGGCAGGAAAGAGAGACGCCGCCCCCGUCCUACGACGCACCACUGCGCUUACGACAGUACUCUGAACCAGCAGAGUAUCGUAUGGCGGCUAUCGAGUACAAUACACCAUCAUACUCCCAGCAAUUGGUGCACCACCAGUCUUUCCCUCCCAACUACCCCCCUGAUUACUAUCCCCACGACCCUCCAGAGCAGCCCAGACGCACUUCGCCUCUCUACGACCCUACCCCUGUAAUCAAACCCAGAGCCACAAGCCCAGCCGCAAGUCCACGGCACUCGCCACUCCCAGUUGAUGAUCGCAUGUCUAGGGAGCCCGCGCGACGCAUGCCAACGCGCAAAUCAGUGUCUCCUCAACCCCCUCGUUUCCCCGCAGACGACGGUCAGCGUCGACUCUCUGGCGUGCCCUUCAACCCUGACAGCUUCGACGUAUACAACCCCACAGCCUCUCGCUCGCCCAUCCCCGGCAACUCAGAUGACGAGCGCCCUGGGAGUAGCAUGGAAGUCAAUUCCAAGGGUCAGAUUGUCACAUUCAGCGGUCGUGUCGUCGAUGCGUCGGACCACCUGCCCAUCGACAACUGGGCGCCUGAACCCGAGCCCAAGGGAACGAUCAAGGAAAAGGCGAGUCGCUCACGCAUGCAACCAAACGGAGGACGGGACCUCGACGAAGCCAAACGACGAGAAGAAAAAUACCGCCGCGACCGCACAGAGCGAGACCGCAUAAGACACGCAGCAAACGUCACCUUUGCCCCCGCAGAAGAAGCUCCAAGCAACGCGCUCGUCACCACAAAACAAAUCGACUGGAGGGAUCCAAACGCCGGCGCCCUUGUGCUCGCUGGCGCCUCACGCGCUAGACUCGAAAACGAGCGGAGACGCGGCCAACAGCGAGGCUACGACGACCCCCAAGACGCGCACAUCCUCCGCGAACGCAACAACCCCAACAGCUACGCAACCAACCCCGCCUACGCCAGACACACCGCGCCACCUAUCCCCGCAAAAAACGGCGUGGUGCAGAACGAGGAUAUGGCGCUUAGUCUGGAAUUGCAGAGUAUUGAUAUUGGGCCUGGGAGUGGGGCGCGUAGACCUAGAGGGCAGUCGCAGGCGCAGGCGCAGGCGCAGGAUAGAGGGCGGAGGGCUUAUGGGUUUUGA